AUGCAGGAAACUCUUGGUUUGAAGGAAGGGACGGUGAUUCGUCAUAGGAUAAAAUACGCCCCUCACAAUCUCUAUCCGAACAUCCCUUGGGUCAACGGCAAACCAAUCCGUGCUCCAACUGCCUCCGAAAUUGCAUCAGCAUUUGAACAAGUCAAAUCAUACCAAAUGCUCACUUCUGGACUCAACAUGAUUCCAGAUCCUCUCGACAAAACUUUGGUGAUAGCUAUUGUAGAAUUUACUCCCUAUGAAGAACUAACUGAUUCUCAAAAGGAGGAUCUCAACUAUGUCUCUAAUUUUCUUCACAAGUCUAAACAAUUCAUCAAUGGUGUUAAAUCUUGUUCCAGAGUUUGGGGUGGCCUAAUGUGGGCCAUUGGCUGGAGGAAGUUGUAUGACGAGGACCAGAUUGUGGGCCGGUACAUCAAGGCGUUUGAUGAAACCAAAAUGCGGGCCUUCGAUGAGCAUUACGUCAAGUCUUCAAGAGUUGGUCAGAUACUUGGAAAUCUAUUCAAGGAUCUUGCUCGUACUCCUUUCCAAGACAACCAAGAUCUCAUGAAGAAGUAUAACAUCCCCUCAUUUCCAGACCUUGCUUAUGGCAAACUUCCCGAGGAUUCGACAUGCACUCCUCACAUCACAUUUACUACCAAUGGCUUUUAUAAUCCCCCACACAAAGACGACAAAGAUAUAUCCCAAUGGGCCUUUGUCUUGUUUCUUCCAACUCGCACUUCCGAUUACACUAUAGUAGACUCCUCUGAAUACAACAUUACAUCUGGACCUUUUAUUUUUCCUGAUCAUCCUGUAGGUGGUGUAGCAAAGAAGUACGAGUCUCUCAAAGCAGUUUUUCAAAUCUUCGUGCGCAUCGUGAUGGGUCUCGUCAGGGUGGAAGAGUUUCAGAAGGAUGCCCAAAACGUCGUGAUGCUAUUGCUGCUGGUGCCAAGCUCCCUCCGACCACUCUUGAAGAAGACAGACUGA